GAAUUUAGGCCGGAUUGUAGGCCGGAUUUACCUGCGUUUUUGAAAAAAAUUUUGCUGGCUCACUGGCCAGUAUCCGGCCGAUAAUCCGGCCGGAUAUCCGGCCGGAAACUGGCCGGAUUCUGGCCAAUUUCGUGCAAUAAGGGGAAUCCGCGCACGGAUUCCCCAAGCUUCCUUCUUCCUCCUUUCUUCAACCUCCACACACACUCACACCUAAAACACACACUACUUCUAAAACCCAUCUUUUAACCAUCCAAUCUCCAAACUAAAUACACCAAAACAUUCCCCUCUUCCUUGUGAGUUGAUUUCAUAGCUUAAACCCCUUCAAAAACAAGUUUUUGUUUGGGUUUUAGCUUGAGAAGAACAAGGGUUUUCAAUUUUUGAACUCUUCAAUUGAGGCCAAAUUGGAGUGAAAUUUUUGGGGGUUUCUUCACCAUUUGCACCAUUAAUCAUCUACCAACAAGUUUGAGGUACAAUGGCUCGCACUAAGAAAGGUGCAGUGAAAUCUCCUCCUCCUAACAAGAGAGGAGAAGCUUCGACGUCUAGACAACCGCGCUUGAAAAGAAAAGCAAGUAGACGUCUACAGCUUGAGGACGAGCCAUCAUCUGGAGAGGAUACUCAACAACAAGAGGAACAAGAUGCACAAGGGGACCAAGAGGAGGAAGUCCCUUAUGAUAAGUCGCGCUUCACCUCCGCCGAAAAUGAAGCUUGGUACAAUGCUAGGAGGGGAGCUAAGGUAUUGGUGGAAAAGGAUGUCACCUCGGAUGCCGAGGAGGUCUACCAUCUCAAGGCCUCCUUUGCCAAAUUGGGAUGGGAAAAUUUCUUUAACAUCCCAAACUUCUAUUAUGAGGAGCUUGUCCGAGAAUUCUAUGCAAAUGUGGAGGACAAGAAGGUUUUUCACUACGACACGGAGGUGAUUACUAGUACAGUGCGAGGGAGAAAAGUUCGAGUCCAUAGAGCUGAUUUGGAGCGCUAUCUUCAUGUUUCGGAUGUGGGGCGCAAGGUAGAUUUGAAGAAAGCCUUCAAACCCAAUGAUUUGGACUCUUGGAACAUGCUAGAGGCACUUGUACGUUUGGGGGUUGAGUACAAGGCUACUCGAACGACGGGGCGAUAUUCGGUAUUGACUUCAUCAUUUCCGGAGUCGCAACGUCUCCUUAUUUACCUAUUUGCCGCCAAUAUCAUUCCGAGGGCAAGUGGAACCAAUGAGGCGCGCACAAGUGACAUCUAUUUCUUGGAUAAAAUGAAGCAUGGCUUAGGAAACAUCCAAGGCAUUCCAUUGGGAAGCAUUAUCACCAACCACAUGUGGGCUGUGGUUCGCAGUAACGACAUCAAACAUGCUUUCCCGUAUCCUCGGUUCUUGACCUUCGAGUUUCAAAGGGUUGGAGUGGAUUUUUCUAACGCUUUCCCUACAGGUCUCAAGAAGAAGGACGUCUUUACAUUGGAUUUUUGCAGGUUCAUUUUGAAGAGUAAAGACGGCGGUGGUCCUUCAACUCAAGGAGGUGCUCAAGGGGACAUUAGGCAAGAGGAGGAAGUUGAAAUUGAACGAAUUGAAGGGGCUCAAGGGGUUGAGACAACUACCCCGCCGGUCUCAAAUGAACCGUCUUCCUCACGGCCUCCAACCUCACCUCAAGACACUCGGUCGUUUUUCAAGAAGAUAAUGGACAAGCUGCUUUGUGUCGAGGCUGAGGUAAAGAAAAGCCGCCAAGAGAAUAAGCAGAAUUCCGAGCGUCUUCGUCGCAUCGAGACCAAGCUGGGUAUUGAAGCUCCUCCGACUCCACCAUCUUCACCUGACCAAGCGACUACUUGAGGGAGUGCUCGUCACCUAGUGACAUUGCCACUAGUUUUUCUUUUCUAUUCCGUAGUGCUUGUGAUGUUUAAUUUUUAGUGAUUUUUCUUAUUUCUUUUGUGUGAACUAAUUCAAGUGAUCUUCAUCUCUGUUGUGGUUUUAAGGAUUUCGGACUACUUAAGAUUGGAAAUUCAUCACUUGGACAUGGAUUCGGAUUGCGCAAGUUCAAUUGAGCAGUAUUUUCUUUUA